AUGGCAGACAUACUAAGCAAACCUAGACAUGUUUCCCAUACUUUGUACAAAUUACAUGAUUGGAUAGAAAAGGGAAUGAUAAAUGUUAGUCCUGAAUUUCAACGAGAUGUUGUAUGGAAAGAUAUCAAGCAAUCCCACUUGAUCGAUUCUAUCCUCAAGAAUUAUUACAUUCCUCCAGUUAUUUUUUCAUGCAAGAAGAUAGAUGAAAAUCGUUGGACGCGAAUAUGUAUCGAUGGAAAGCAAAGAUUAACAUCAAUUCAUAGAUUCAUGAAAAAUGAAAUACCUCAUUUGUCGCCUUCCCAAAAAGCUGUUUCGAAACGUUACUUCUCGAAUCAUAAAGGAGCAAAAUCAAUAUCCGACACUGAAAGAGAGUUGUUUGAAUGUUCAGAAAUUGUUUGUAUUGAAUAUUAUGAUCUCUCACAAAUGCAAGAACGAGAAAUUUUUAGUCGCGUUCAAUUCGGGAUUUCAUUAACUCCAGCGGAAAAACUUUGGGCAAUCAGCAGUACGAUGUCAGAUUUUUUGCAUAGAACUUAUGAAACUUACAAAGUUGUUGCGCAAAUCAUGGAUACAAAACGUGGAAAACUAUUUCAUGUCAUGGCACAAUUAAUUUUCAUUAUUGAAAACGAACCGGAAAAAUUCAACGCAAGACCUAGAAUCAUUGAAAG